AUGGGGUCUAUCGAUGUCGCUGUUGAGCAGCAGGGUGAGCAAGCAGGCUGGCAGAAGAAGGUCGCCCAGAAACAGCAACAAUGUCGAGAAAGCAUUCCCGAGGCGUGGCGCCUCCCGCCCUCGAUCCUAGAGUCACUUGUCUUUCCAUUGGACGCAAACCCCAACAGGCUCCUUGACAUGGACAUUCCCAGGAAAUCAGGGAUCUUGUCUCCCCGUGAGCUGAUGAUCACCGAAGAAAACACGGUCCCGGAAUUGCUUGCGAAACUUGCAUCGGGAGAAUUCUCGUCUCUCGAGGUGACGACAGCGUUCUCAAAAAGAGCCGCCAUUGCCCAACAACUGACCUCCUGCCUGACAGAAACCAUUUUCGAUGAAGCCAUCGCACGAGCCAAAUACCUCGACCAAUGCAGGAGCGAAGGAAAGCUCGUCGGUCCCUUGCACGGUCUUCCCAUCAGCGUUAAGGACAGCUUCCAGAUAACUGGGACGGACGCCAGUAUCGGAUUUGUGUCCUUUUUGGGAAACAAAUCGGAGGCCAAUUCGCCACUGGUCGACAUACUCCUGAAGUUAGGCGCCGUUCUUUAUGUCAAGACCAACAUUCCGCAAACGCUCAUGACGGCUGAUUCCGACAACAACAUCUUUGGCCGCACGUUGAAUCCGCACAACACCGCUCUCAAUGCAGGCGGGUCCAGCGGAGGAGAAGGAGCAUUGAUCGCAUUCCGCGGCUCACCAUUGGGGGUGGGAACAGAUGUCGCUGGCUCAAUCCGCAUUCCUGCUUUAUGCUGUGGUACAUACGGCUUCAAGCCGACGUCAAACCGGAUCCCUUAUGGAGGGCAGGCCAAUCCAUCACUCCCUGGAAUGAAACCGAUCACUGCCUCGGCCGGGCCGCUGGCAAAUGAUUUUGAGGCUUUGGAAAUCUUCUCCCAAACGGUCAUCGACUCCAAACCGGCCAUGUUUGAUUCAACUGCGCUUGAUGUCCCCUGGCGUCGUUUGGAAAACUCUCCGCCAGAACGAUUGAGAAUUGGUGUCCUUCCAGAGGAUCCACUCUAUCCGCUUCAACCGCCCGUGAGAAGAGCACUGGCAGAAGCCGUCAGCCGACUUGAAGCAGAAGGCCACGAGUUGAUCAGAUUGGAUCCUUCUCCAUGUCACAUUUCUGACGCAACCGAGGUGGCCUGCGAGCUCUUCACAAUUGCACCUGGGACGUCCAUGGGCUAUAUCAAAGCCAGUGGCGAGCCCAUGGUACCAUCAGUCGCGAAGAUGUAUGGCCCAGCUAACGCCGGGAAUUAUAAGUUUGCUUUAGGACUUAAAGACCUUGACCCGCUGCACAGGUUAGCCGCGCUGACCGUGAAAAGGCAGGAAAUUGCCGAGGAUUGGCGGAAGAUAUGGCUGGAGCAGAAAUUGGAUGCUGUAAUCAGUGCUCCGGCACAAAGUACAGCGGUAGUGCAUGAUAAGUUCGGCUGGCCCCCUUAUACUUGCCUGCUGAAUCUUCUUGAUUAUCCGGCCUGUGUGAUUCCGUUUGGAAGAGUAUCCAAACAAAAGGAUCCAGAGGCAAUGAAAGUGCAACCCGGACAAGGCGGUCCUGACUAUGAUCCCGACCUGCAGGACGGGGCUCCUUGCUCGAUUCAAGUUUUCACGUCUCGGAUGCAAGAUGAGGAGUGUCUGAGGGUAACACGUGUGGUGGAUAGUUGUUUGAAGCGACAGCCAGCCUGA